UUUACCAACCCUUCCAUUGCUAUUACCAAUAAUACACCAUCCAAACAGGCCUUAUGUCGAAUUCAUUGGCGUAACUGCUUAAGUUGAAUUUCAACAUAGCUUUUCAACAUUUCGACGAUCAAUUUGCAGUGCAUCUGCGGAAAAUAGUGUACUGGGAGGGAUGAAGAAACCGGGAGGAGCAGAGAAGAAGAGGGUCCGCCGAUCAACCGGUUCUGCACCUAACGGUUCGUAUUCCUCCACGGAUACUCCUCCAAAGGUAGCUCCGAGGUCAUUAUCCUCAAAUACACACUCAUUAACGUGUCAAUCACUUUGUUCUACCAGACAUAUGUGUUCCAUUUCGUAGAUUCUCUUUUUGAGGAAAAGCAACAACAGCUUGUUCCUUUUCAGAUAGAUCCACGAAAAUGGAGGAAAAUGCCUCCUUUUGAGAGUCAAUAGAAUGUAUGAAUAUUUUCCUUUUAUAAUAAAAAAUAGGAAAGAUUCAAACGUGAACUCGUGAUUUUACAAGAAACUGAAAUGAUAUUAGUCCAGAUCAUUCAUAUUUCCUUACAUUUCAGAUUUUUCUCUCUAGAAAACAAAAGAAAACAAACUCAUAUAUGGGGUGUACUGAAUCUACUGCUAGCUUUCUAUAACUGCUGAAGGAUAAUUGGACAUUGAGUUUUGAUGUAAAGAGUGGAACGAUUACCAAAUAGCAUUUCAUAAAUUGUCAAUGAAACAAGCUGCAAAGAAGGAUGUUUAUCAGUUAUUUGCUGAGAAAGUGAGAGAUCACAAAGACUUGAUGUCUAGAUGGGCUGUCCUUCAGGAGACUCGAGUUGAGUAUGUCAGGGGAAAAGACCUUGUAAAAUUUAUGAAGAAUCAUCCAGAACUUAAAGACGUACUAGAUUCAGAUAAAAAUUUGGAAACUGAGGAAAUAGCUAGUGCUCUGCUUCAAAAAAAUUUACUAAUGCGUUGUGACCGUGUGGUAAAAACUGUUCGGCCCGGAAAGAAAAAGUUAUCUACCUGGCCAGCACAUUUAGAGAUAUACCAUGAUCAAGUGUUUUCUGAAAAUGAUGCCUUUUUCGCAUGGACAUUUGCGAAACGAAGUGCCCUUUGGCAGACACUCCUCUCAUUCUCCUGGCCACUUUUGACAUUGGCAAUCUGCUUAUUUCCUGUGUAUCCACACAGGUGCAAGCUGGUUAUACUCUACACUUGUGCAAGUCUCCUCCUCCUCAUACUUAGUCUUCUUUUAGCAAGAGCAUUGAUAUUUGGUGCUCUAUGGAUUCUUCUUGGAAAGCGUGUAUGGGUUUUCCCCAACAUACUUGCUGAGGAAGCAACUCUGGAAGAGUUAUUCCAGUUUUGGCCCAAGAAAGAUGAGGGGGAGGCACCGAAGUGGUCAGCGAGGCUAUUUUAUGCAGUUGUGGCUGUGCUUGCCAUUUUGCUUCUCAGACAUCAUGCUCCUGACGAGGCUGCUAGAGCCAGGUAUCAAAGGCGGGUUUCUAAUAUUAUCGAUGAUGUGAUUGAGUGGUCACCGAGUCUGGCCCUAUCUGGAAUGAUGGAAAAACAAACUGCGGGAAAUAAUGUCACUGAACACCACAACAGUACUGCAACAGAAGAUGGCAAAAACGAAGUUGAUGCAGUAGAGGAGGCUAUAAUGGGGGGAGAAGUAGAAUAUGAAGAGGAGUUUGGCAAAAAUAUAGAAGAGAGUGAUCCCUCAACAAGUUUAUAAGUUUUAUCAAGUGUAUGUAACAAUAUAAAUUACUAGUAGACUAGUUUAUCUCUAUAUAUUUUACUUUCCUUGUGCCUAAUUCUAUGCAAUUCGUUAUUAUAUCGAACUAUAUAAUUGAUAAUUUGAUAUGGUGGAUAAUUAUAAAAAGCAUACGUCAACCAGUUCACAUUUUUUUGUGUGUGACAAGUGAAGUGUCUAGAGAAAAACUGAUGGAUAGUGUACCCGGGA